AAGAUUAACCUAAAGAAGACUUAAAUUUACCAUGGCUGCUACAGGAACAUACAUUCUUCAUAAAUCGACUCAACUUUGCUUUGCAGUUCGGUCUAAUGUCAAUUUGGAGCAAAUGCAUCCGAGUGUGUUGAGUUCCAAGCUCCUGAUGAAAUUUACCAACUUUCCUGACGGAGCAAACACAUUGCCUCCAAGAAUGAACUUAAAGGUUUUAUCCUCUGCUAUAAAUAUGCUCUGUGAGAAAGUAAGAGUUGAACGCGAGAGCAGCAAACACAUGAAAAGGCGUAGCUAUCACCGCCAUCAUGGACUCAAAUCUCGACCACGUGAUAAUGUAAAAGAAAUCGAUGAUCACAAUAUCAUAAAGUCUUCAGACGUGGCCUUACUUGGUGCUGGGGGCUUCUUUUGGUACAAGGAAAGAAUCACAGAUCAAGAUCUCAUAAAUUGUACGAAAAAUCUAACAAUAGAUGAUAAAAAUGGAGAGAAAAUGCAAAGUGAAGAAGCUGAAAAGGUUAAAUGGGAAGUACUGUCAAGACAAGAGAACAUGUCAGUGUUGAGAAGGCAAAUGGACACUGGAAUAUAUGAAUAUAAAGUGUUUGGUUCGUUCAUUGAUAUAAAUGCCAGAUCUUUCUUCACUAUCCAGAUUGAUACUGAGUAUCGUAAAAUAUGGGAUCAUUAUGCUGGUAAACUAGAGAUAAUAGACAGAGAUCCUGAAAGUGAAUGUGAAGUUCUUCAUUGGAUCAUGAAGUAUCCUUAUCCACUAAGAAGCAGAGAUUAUGUGAUGAUACGAAGAUCAAAGGUUGAUGAGGAAGAAAAGAAAAUAGUGCUCAUGUCAAAGGCUACAGAUCACCCAAAAUACCCAGAGUCCCAAGAUCAUGUCAGAGUUAAUGAAUAUGCUUCGCAGAUGGUUAUUAAGCCCCACAGGAUGUUUGAGGAGAAUGGUAUGGAUUUCGUACUCCACUGCUAUGAUAACCCUAGGAUGACAAUACCAUCAGUGUGUACAAACUAUGCUACUGCAUCAGGUAUUCCAGAGUACAUCAAGACUUUGCAUGCUGCUGCUAGUAACAUUCAAAAUGAACAAGACACAUAUUACCGCAAAAAACAUUCAUUUGAGAAGCAAUGUAUUAGCGACACCAGUUACAAGCCACCAAGCCUCUAAAAGUGUGUGAUCUAUUUUUGUAAUGGCUUAUAGAUAAUAUAAAUAAUUCAAAAGGGCUAAUGGCAGCGAUCAUUUUAUGAUUACUGUAAACAGCCAAUGGCAUGUUUAAAUUAGUUAAGACUCAAGUCUCAAAACUGUAAAUAGAUUACAUAGGGAGAGUAUUAACAAGUGAUAAAUCUACUACUUUGUAGAGGCAUUAGUCAAACAGAUGUAGGUUAUAAAAUAUGACAAAUAAACUUUUAUCUUUUAUUGAA